AUGGGCAUCGACGCUGGAUUUGACAUGGUACCCCAACUGUCUCGGACAGAGGCUGACCGAAAGGCCUGGGAUGUCUUCAUCAACAAGGUCAAAGAAGAAUACGGCACUGAUGAACGACUGCAAAUCAAACCAAACUACUUAUUGUUUAAUGCUGGCGAAGGACCGAUCCUCCCUUUGGAUGGGUUCAAGUUCAAGCGCUUCAGCUCCAAAGUCUCUGGUGGUAUCGUGGCCACUUCAGGAGUAUGGGACAUCAUCGAUAAUGUCAGUCGGAUCGCAAAGUCAAUCUUUGGUUCACGCGUCCGUUAUUGGUCCGAAGCAUCCGAUGAAUCUGGGUAUUACGACUGGGAACAAGUGUAUGCUUCGAUCGACUCCUAUGAACAGGUAGACGAAUCGAAUAUGACCUCAACUACUGCGAGUUCUUCUACCAUCGCGACCAAGUCUCAAGAUACUCCGAUGCCGUUAUGUGAGGUUCAGUCGAUUCCAGGCAAAGGAAAGGGUCUUGUAGCUCUUCGACAAAUUACCAUGGGCACGCGCAUUCUAAUCGAGAGACCUAUCCUCCAAACAAACAAUACACCACCAGCCUUACUCGAGCCUAUUAUAGCAAGAAAGUUGAAGGCCCUCACGAAGGAAAAACAACGUCAAUUUUUGUCAUUGCAUAACAACAUUCCUGGAAAGUAUCCUUUCAGUGGCAUCAUGAUAACUAACGCGUUGCCUUGUGGAAGUGGGGUGAAUGGUGGUGGUGCAGUAUACCCUACUAUCAGCUUCAUCAAUCACGGUUGUCUAGCAAACACUCACCAUAGUUGGAACGAAACUCUUGGGCAAGAAACGGUCCACGCCACCCGAGACAUCGCGUUAGGCGAAGAAAUCACGAUAUUCUAUGACGAUGUAGGCCCGUCUGCGAUUCGCAAACCUUGGCUGAAAGAGAAUUUCGGCUUCGACUGUAACUGCUCGGUCUGCCUUCUUCCACCUGCCGAACUUGAGAAGAGCGACAAACGACGAGAGCGGAUCCAACAACUCGACAACAGAAUUGGUGAUCCGGUCUGCAUGAUGAGUCGACCCAAUGUCAGUCUUGACAAUUGCCGCUCACUACUUCAAAUCUUGGAGGAGGAAUUUGUAAACGGCACCACUGCCUUGGUAGCCAAAGCCUAUUAUGACGCAUUCAAGAUCGCCAUUGUCCAUGGAGAUGUAGCGCGUGGAGCAGUAUUUGCAGAGCGAGCAUACCAGGUCAGACUUCUGUGCGAGGGAGGAGACAGUCCAGAGACCCAAAGAUUGCAGAGUUUGGCUGAGAAUCCGAAGGUUUGCCGAAUCUUUGGGGUUUAUUCCAUGCGCUGGAAGACGGAGAAGGGAAAGGUUCCCUCGGAGUUGAAGGGGGACGAGUUUGAGAAUUGGCUGUGGCGACAAGAGUAG